AUCGUCAUGGGCUAGUUACUAGGUUUCGCUUGUUGCGAUUUGCGUUUGUGCUUUACGUGAAGCGUCAACUUCCGUGCACGGAGGAUGGCACAUCUGUAACCUCUUGUAGCAUCUGUAAAAUCUCCGAAAUAAACAUUUGUUUGUUAGGGAACUACAAAUACGGGACUUGCUUAUUUGAUGCGGGCGGGAGCUACCCCGGCAACGACCUAGUUAUUAUUAUCGCACCGGACCUAAGUCUCUGCCUUCAGACCACAGCUUGUAUCAGGUUGCACUUUGGUAUACUUUAAAUUAGUACAAGGAAUAACUUAAGAGGACGUCUUGAGCAGAAAGAAAAGCUCGACUUCAGUUUUUUGCGACUCUUUGCUCGAAAUCAUGGACGACCUGCGAAUGUUUGCUGGCAUGCGCGGCGCAGUAGCUGCAGGGCGACAAACAGAUACUGUGCAAGUGGACACGGCGGAGCAGAUCUACAUUUCCUCGCUUGCACUCCUUAAAAUGUUGAAACACGGCCGUGCUGGUGUGCCCAUGGAGGUCAUGGGACUUAUGCUGGGUGAAUUCGUGGAUGACUACACUGUCCGUGUGGUGGACGUAUUUGCGAUGCCGCAAUCCGGAACGGGAGUCAGCGUCGAGGCCGUGGACCCAGUGUUCCAGACCAAGAUGCUUGACAUGCUCAAGCAAGUCGGCCGGCCUGAGAUGGUCGUCGGCUGGUACCACAGCCAUCCAGGUUUCGGCUGCUGGUUGUCGGGCGUGGAUAUCAACACGCAGCAGUCUUUUGAGGCGCUAAACAGCCGCGCUGUGGCGGUGGUGGUGGACCCCGUACAGUCGGUGAAGGGCAAGGUGGUCAUUGACGCGUUCCGGCUGGUCGGCCCCCAGACCAUGAUGCUGGGCCAGGAGCCCCGGCAGACCACCUCCAAUCUGGGUCACCUCAACAAGCCAUCCAUCCAGGCGCUCAUUCACGGCCUCAACCGCCAUUACUACUCGAUCACCAUCAACUACCGCAAGAACGAGUUGGAGGAGCGCAUGUUGCUCAAUCUGUCCAAGCAGGGCUGGACGGCCGGACUGAGAUUGGCGGAUUUCUCGGUACACAGCGACGCCAACGAAAAGGUGGUGAAGGAGCUCAAGAGCCUGGCGGAGAGGUACGACAAGGCCGUGAUUGAGGAGCAGGAGCUGUCUCCGGAGGCCCGUGUGGUGGCGGGGGCGGGCAAGAUGGACGCCAAGAAGCAUCUGUCGGCGCAGGUGUCCGCGGUGAUGGCCUCCAACAUCGCACAGAGCAUGGGAACGAUGCUGGAUACGGUGGUGUUCUAA